CGGAGGAUCUCGUACCGCUUCCGCGAACUGUGAAUGUCCUGGGUAUAAGAGCAUGGCGCGACCUUGUCUCGUCAGGAACGGGGAGGAGGAGGGCUUGGUUAGGGUCGCGUUCGUUUGGAGAUUGCUGAGCUCUGAGCCUUCGGUCCUUGGAUCCCUGCGGUCCCCGGUCUCCUCUCUCUCUCUCUCUCUCUCUCUCUCUCUCUUCUUCCCACGCUCGUUCGACAGACGCCUCCCCUUCUUCGCUCUCCUUUCCCUCGCACGUAGCACACUAAUAGUGCACCAUGCGCGUCUCUAGUUUGGUCGCGGCCCUUGCUACCGGUGGUCUUGUCGCCGCCACGCCUAAGCCCAAGGGGUCGUCGCCCCCUGGGGCCGUGGACGCGAACCCUUUCAAGGGCAAGACGCAGUUCGUCAACCCGGCAUGGGCGGCCAAGCUGGAACAGACCAAAAAGGCGUUCCUGGCCAGGAACGACACCGUCAAUGCCGCCAAGACGGAGAAGGUCCAGCAGACCAGCUCGUUCGUCUGGGUCUCGAGGAUCGCCGAGCUCUCCAACAUCGACGACGCCAUCGCGGCUGCCCGCAAGGCGCAGAAGAAGACGGGCAGGAGGCAGAUCGUCGGCCUGGUGCUCUACAACCUUCCGGACCGCGACUGCAGCGCGGGCGAGAGCGCGGGCGAGCUCAGCAGCGACAAGAACGGGCUCGAGAUCUACAAGACUGAGUUCGUCAAGCCCUUCGCCGACAAGGUGGCGGCCGCAAAGGACCUCGACUUCGCCAUCGUCCUGGAGCCCGACUCGCUGGCCAACCUGGUCACCAACCUGGGCAUCGAGUUCUGCGCCAACGCCGCCCCCGUCUACCGCGAGGGCAUCGCCUAUGCCAUCUCCAGCCUUCAGCAGCCAAACGUGCACUUGUACAUCGAUGCUGCCCACGGCGGCUGGCUCGGCUGGGACGACAACCUGCCGCUGGCCGCCAAGGAGUUUGCCGAGGUGGUCAAGCUUGCCGGCGAGGGCAAGAAGAUCCGCGGCUUCGUCACCAACGUGUCCAACUACAACCCCUUCCACGCCGUCGUGCGCGAGAACUUUACCGAGUGGAGCAACUCGUGGGACGAGUCUCACUACGCCUCCUCGCUCACACCGUUCCUCGAGAAAGAGGGGCUGCCGGCACGCUUCAUCGUCGACCAGGGUCGCGUUGCCCUCCCGGGAGCCCGCAAGGAGUGGGGUGAAUGGUGCAACGUGGCACCCGCCGGAUUUGGCCCCGCGCCCACGACCAGGGUCAACAACACCGUCGUCGAUGCUCUCGUCUGGGUCAAGCCUGGCGGCGAGAGCGACGGCGAGUGUGGCUUGGCUGGCGCCCCCAAGGCCGGCCAGUGGUUCGACGAGUACGCCCAGAUGCUGGUCGAGAAUGCCCACCCGUCUGUCGUCCACAAGUGGUAGAUAAAUUUUGGAGUCCGAGAAGGGUCCCAGAUAGACUUUUGUUUUAAAACAAAAUGCAAGGUGUCGACAGAUACUGGCUUAACAU